AAAGGAGCACAGAUUCCGUCUAACGGAGAAGCACGGAGAGGGAAACGGGCGAGAAAAUGAUUCACAGUCGCCCCAGAGAAGGUUUCCACCUUGAAGGAAUAAAAGUAUUUCUCCAGUCCUGAGAAGUGUGUGAGGACAGUGAGUGUGAGAGAAGAAAGCGGAAGCAGACUGACGGGUGGGCCCGUCAACGAGCAAUCAGAAGGCGUCUGGCAGCGAGCUCAGGAACUCUGGAUCUGGUUUCUUUUGUUUACUUCGAGGCGACUCUGAAGUUUUGGCUCGUUGCAGUUCAGUCGUCGUUUGCGAUUUUACUAGCGAGUAAUUACCUCCGAGACUUUACCUGGACCGUGUUAUUGUGACGCAGGCCGUCGGCGGCUUGUGCCGUGCGUUUGUUCAAGGGGGAAGCAUUUUUGGCACCUGGAUCUAUUCUGAUAUCUCCUCUGCCUUUGAACCCCAGCAGGAGGAGGUUUGAAUCCGGACUGAAGGAGGUUUGAAUCCGGACUGGAGGAGGUUUGAAUCCGGACUGGAGGAGGUUUGAAUCCGGACUGAAGGAGGUCUGCGGUUGGGUGAAGAGUGUUUGCGGUACAUCACUUUGCUCGGCUGACUCGUGAAUGCCGAAGUACAGUUAGAUGAACUUUCUCUGGAGCAACAAGUUACAGUGGAUUGUUUACAGGUGUUUGAGAAAGUACUUGAUUAGUUGUGUGUCUGAUAACAUUGUUGGGCUAAUAAAAGGGCGCCUUUUUACCCUGGCAGAGCGCAGCCACCUCCUGCAGUAGGCGUGUGAAGGGAAGCGGUGACCAGACACACACAGGGCUCCGUGGAGCUUUGGCUGCACCGGCUGUGUGACUUUCUCGGUGCUGGCUGUUUGUGUCACCGGAUUAAUCUGAGUGAUAGCAUCACUCUGCACUGCCCUACUCUGUCUGGCAACGAGUCUCCCAGAAAGCACCAGUAAUUGGAGCUAUUUUUAGUUUUAGGGAUGGGGUAAAAGCAGGCAGCUGGAAACCCAACUCCCCUCCAUCUCCUUCUCUUCCAUCCCAUCUAUCACCCUACCUCGCUCGCCCACCUGGCAGUAUGCUUGUGGAGCCUGGUUAGCACGGGUUCCACUUACAGUUAGUUGACACAGCUCACAAGUAUUCUGGAAAAACAGCAACAAUUAGAUGAACAUAUUCUGCUGCAUACUAAAAAAAUCUGCUGGAACCAUACUGACCAUGUAGUCUAAGGACCCUGGAAAGAUGAGCAGUCCUCUGUUCCACUAGUAAAGUCUGUACUGGACAUAAACCCUGUUCUGGAUUACUGCUGGAGAACUAGGUCCAUAUGUUUGCUUUAACCUGGCCUGGACUUACUGAGCCCGUCAAAAGAGACUCUUUAUCCCCAGGACAUUUAGCCUGAACUUGGAAUACAGUAGACACUAGAUUAGAUUAAAAGCUUGCUUUUGACUACCUGAAAGAUCAGUCACCAGCCACCUGGAGUGGUGCACACCUCCAGCGCACAUUAAUGCAUGAAACUGCCAAAACCAACCUAAAAAGCUAACCUGACUAACCAAAUACUCUUUCCCUUCCACCCCCCAUGUCCACAGAGAAACAGAAUAUAUAUCUAUAUGUACAGUGAGAGAUCUAUAUAUAGUGUAACGCCACAGAAGACAGAGAUUACAUCCUUUAUAUUUUACUUCAGAGAGACAAGCUGCCUGCACACCAUUUGGUUGCCUUAGAAACCACAGUCACAAAAGAGAAGAAAAAAACAAGCCAGAGAAGACGGUGCCUUUUGAUUGGUUGGUCGGUUUCCCACCAUUUCAACACUCCUUUUUUUAGUUGGAUGUAAACUUUUGAAGCAAACUCUGGGAUUGAUGACGGUUACCUGACCCCACGCAAGCUCCACCCGUCUGUCAGAGCAUUUGAUACAGUGUUUCCCUGCUGCUCUGGACGUUUGCCAAGCGUUUCCAUGGUUGUCACAUCAUCGUCGGUGGAAGACCAGACUGUGUCCUCUUCCAGGAUGGUCCAGUCAGAACCCUGGAUCACCUCAGCCCUGCUCCGCAAGAACAAGAGUGUAAGCAGCUCAGGAUGUCCGCCCACCUCCUCCUCCUCCUCCUCCUCCUCCUCCUCCUCCUCCACUGCCCAGGGCUUCUCCCUCGCUGAGCCAGCCAUGACCAGCCAGCACUCACAUACACACCCCUCCUUCAGCUCCAUCCACUCCAUGGCCGAGCAGCAGCAGGUGCUGUCUGAUAUGACCAUACUCCAGCGGAGAAUUCCCCCUAGUUUCAGAGACCCUGCCAGCGCCCCAUUGAGAAAACUCUCUGUUGACCUCAUCAAAACUUACAAGCACAUCAAUGAGGUGUACUAUACUAAGAAGAAGCGGCGGGCCCAGCAGGUCCCUCCUGAGGACAGCAGCACGAAGAAGGAGAGAAAAAUCUACAAUGAUGGCUAUGACGAUGACAAUUACGACUACAUUGUGAAAAAUGGAGAAAAGUGGCUGGACCGCUAUGAGAUAGACUCACUGAUUGGGAAAGGCUCCUUCGGACAGGUGGUGAAGGCCUACGACCACCAUGAGCAGGAGUGGGUUGCCAUUAAGAUCAUUAAGAACAAAAAGGCAUUUUUGAACCAGGCACAGAUAGAACUACGCCUGCUGGAGCUCAUGAACAAGCAUGACACCGAGAUGAAAUAUUACAUAGUCCACCUGAAGCGUCACUUUAUGUUUAGGAACCAUCUCUGUUUGGUGUUUGAGUUGUUGAGCUACAACCUGUACGAUCUGCUGAGGAACACCAACUUCAGAGGAGUUUCCCUCAACCUCACCAGGAAAUUUGCACAGCAGCUCUGUACAGCGCUAUUAUUCCUGGCCACUCCAGAGCUGUCAAUCAUCCACUGCGACCUGAAACCAGAGAACAUACUGCUGUGUAACCCCAAGAGGUCGGCCAUCAAAAUAGUCGACUUUGGAUCCUCCUGCCAGCUCGGGCAGAGGAUCUAUCAGUACAUCCAGAGCAGGUUUUACCGCUCUCCUGAGGUUCUGUUGGGAAUGCCAUAUGACCUGGCGAUUGACAUGUGGUCUCUGGGAUGCAUCCUAGUGGAGAUGCACACAGGAGAGCCUCUCUUCAGCGGCUCCAAUGAGGUUGACCAGAUGAAUAAGAUUGUGGAGGUUCUGGGGGUUCCUCCUAGCCACAUGUUGGAUGCAGCUCCUAAAGCCAGGAAGUAUUUUGACAAACUGUCAGACGGUCUUUGGACAGUGAAGAAGAACAAGGAUGUCAAGAAGGAGUAUAAGCCCCCAGCUACACGGCGUCUACAUGAGAUUUUGGGCGUUGAGACUGGGGGUCCAGGGGGCCGGCGGGCAGGAGAGCCAGGACACGCCCCUUGUGAUUACCUGAAGUUUAAAGACCUGAUCCUGCGCAUGCUGGACUACGACCCUAAAAGUCGCAUCACGCCAUUCUAUGCCCUGCAGCACAAUUUCUUCAAGAAAACAACAGAUGAAGGAACCAAUACCAGUUCAUCUACAUCCACCUCUCCUGCCAUGGACCACUCUCAUUCAGCCUCCACUACUAGCUCUGUUUCUAGCUCUGGUGGCUCCAGUGGUUCUUCCAAUGACAACCGCAACUACCGCUACAGUAAUCGUUACUACAACUCUGCUGUUACACAUUCAGACUAUGAGAUGACCAGUCCUCAGGCGCCCUCGCAGCAGAUGAGGAUGUGGCCAGGCAGUGAUGGUGGAGGUGGGGGUCAGGAUCCAGGAUACACCCAGUUGCUGCUCCAUAAGCCGGCUGCCUCCCAACAACACCAGCGCCACUUCUUGGACCCACCCCAUCACCCGCACCCAACUUACUCCCACCAUGGGAACGGUGGGCGUGGCCUGAGGCAGGGAGGACAGACAGGCAUCGGUGGAGGGGGGGGCCCACAGGGAUCUUCGCCCCAGAUGAGUGACAGCAUGGAUGUGGGCGUAUCCCUAGGGCUGCAUCACCUGGGGGCAGUGUCUUCCAUGGAGGCCUCUCAGUUUGGCUCUGCAUCUCUGCCCCUCGCUCUGCCAAUCGGACUGUCUGCCUUCCGGACUCGGACGGCUCCUACCGCCCCAGGGCCACAAGCCCAGCCCCCUGAAGACUACUACCCUGCCUCCAACAACAAUAACCCCGCUGGGGGGGGCAGAGGGAGGCCGGACUCAGAUGAGGGGCCAGCCAACUCUUGAUAAAACCUGAACCAUGCCCUAAAGCCAUACAAUUUUAACUACAACUACUACAACUACACACAUACAGCCAGAGUUCAGAGACAAAGAGGUGAACUUUGUGCUGAAGGAGACAGUUUGUACUGCAUGAGAGGAGGAGGAGGAAGGAGGAGGAUGCUGGGAAAACUCUCCUUUUUCCUGUUUUAGUUUGUCUUUGUCGCGACUGUAACUGGAAAGGAAUGAUUGUGACAAGUUUGUUUUUAUUAAUAUUAGUGUUGAUUAAUAUUAUUUGAUUUUUCUCGGGUUUGAGCAGUUGUGUGUUCUGUGUGGUUGUUGUUUGAGUCUGGAGAGGAGGAGGAGGAGGAUGAAGAGGAAAGAGAAGUCCUGUUUAUCCAUUUUAUUCCACACAGUAGCUGAAGGAUGUUCAGAUUAGUAUGUUCAUGUUUACACACGUGUGUUCGUGUGUGUGUGUGUGUGUGUGUGUGUGCGUGCGUGUGUGUGUGUGUGUGUGUGUGUGUGCAUGUGUGUGUGAUACAGGAGAGCACAUUUGUAGCAGGCCCCUCCCUCUGACACUGCUCAGUUUUACAUCUAGAGUUCAGGUCACAGUUGAACUGAAAAGGACCCAUUUUAAUAGCAGGUGUAAACACAAAGACAGGAGGCUAUCACUCACGCUCACACACGCACGUGUGUGUGUGUGAGCGUGCUGCUACAUGAAGAACACAGAAGCUGGUCUGAGAGGGUGACAGUGGCAGCGUGUGUGUGAUUCAGGACUCGGGUUUUCUGUGUGUCCUUCCUCUGUCGUUCUCUUGGUCGCAGCAGCACUGAGAACGAGAGGGAGGUGGAGAGGGAAGGUCACGGGACACGGAAGCCUUGCUGACAUUCACAGGGAUCUCCACCUCCUCCUCCUCCUCCUCCUGCUCUCCUCCUCCUCCUCCUUCUCCUGUUGUUUCUCCUCCAGACAGCUCCUCCUCUCUGUGCUGCUAAUCACCAUGACAACUGGUCCGGAUUGCUGCUAAAGAUCCAACACAGAUCAAUAAAGAAAUAAAAAGAAAUAGAAACAGAAAUUAAAAAACUUUUUAACCCUUCUGCUUAAGAGAAAAGGAUAAAGUAAGAACCACUGCAUCUCAAUGUAUUUAUUACUAUUUAACAAGAAAAAAACAAACUGAAAGUAACCCUUUUUUCUGCUCUUCUUUGUUUGGUUGCCUUCUUUCUGCAGGUGAGCUCUGAUUGGCUAUUGUAACAGUGACAGUAACUGGUGACAUGGGAAUGCCACUGGUUGUGGGGCUGGGUGGAGGGUAAGGGAUGGGGCAAA